AUGUCGCUGCUGCGCUCUGCAAUUCUCACAGCGCCUCGAGCGCGUCUGCAAAUCAUCCCGAACCUGGCCGCCUGCGCGCGGCAACAAAGGCCACUCUCUUCAACGGCCAUCCGGAGCGCCGCUGACCAUGCACACGAAGACCAGUACGAUCCACCCGGAGGUUGGCUCUUUGGCGUGAAGCCGGGAGAGAAGUACGAGAACGAGGGCUGGGAGAACAUCUGGUUCUAUGGCUUCUGCGGCAGCAUGCUGUUCGGUGUCGUUGGAUACUGCUACAAGCCAGACACAAGUAUACAGACAUGGGCGCUCGAGGAGGCGCGGAGACGAUUGGAAGCAGAGGGCAUUUUAGAGGAUCCGGAUAAGAAGAGAUAG